ACACUCAGCAUUAAGAGUGCUCUUUCGAUACCUGAAUGGAAGGAUGCCGAACAUUCUACCUCAUGAUCCCAGAACACUUUUGAAAACAUAUCACACUAUUGUUAUGGUUAAAAUUGGAGAGAAUGGCCAUUAUUGGCACCAUGGAUUACAAUUUUCUUUACAGAAAAUGUUGACAUCAAUUCAAAAUCUUCCAAAGAAAAUUUCGUUGAAUAUUAGUAUGGAUGGUCUUCCCAUAUACAAAAGCAGUAGAAGUGAAUUCUGGCCUAUACUUUUCAACAUUCAUGAACUUCCUGAAAUUAAACCCAUGAUAAUAGGUAUAUAUUGUGGUAAGGGAAAACCUUCAAAUUUGGCAGAAUAUUUGACACCAUUUGUUGAAGAAGCCAAACCAAUACUUUCGGAAGGAUUGAUAAUCAACGGAAACAACACUACUGUUAAAAUAAGAUGCUUUGUAUGUGACUCACCGGCUAGAGCAUUCAUCAAAGGAGUAACGAACUUCAAUAGUAAACAUGGAUGCCUCAAGUGUACUACAGUUGGAGAAUAUUCACACAUUUCCCAUACAGUCUACUUUCCUACGAUAGUUUGUGAAAAAAGAACUAAUGCUGGAUUUCAUGCAAAAUUAUAUGGCUCCCAUCAUAAACAAGAUACCCCUCUAAGUUUACUGCCCAUCGAUAUGGUUGAAGAUUUUCCGGUCAGUGAUUCUCUUCAUCUGAUCGAUCUGGGUGUCAUGAAAAGGUGUUUAUUGGGAUGGAGAGAUGGAAGUUUUGGUACUUAUAAAACUAAAUGGUGUGCGAAAGAUAUUACUGACGUUUCACAUUUUCUUGAGAAAUGUAAGCUACCAUCUGAAGUUCAUAGAGCUGUACGAGGCUUAAAUGUUUUAUGCCAUUGGAAAGGUUCCGAAUAUCAUACUUUUUUACAUUAUUUAAGUAUAGUAAUACUUAAGGAUGUAUUGCCUCUUGAUGUGUACCAACAUUUUCUUAAUUUUUUUUGUGCUAUAACUAUAUGCUCAACUAAAUAUUAUGUGCAUUUUCUCCAUUUGGCUGAAGCAUUACUCAAUAAUUAUGUUGAAUAUUAUCGAGAUUUUUAUGGAGAGGAUUAUAUUACCAGUAAUGUUCAUAAUCUCACUCAUUUAGUUGAUGAAGUAAGAAGGUAUGGACCUUUGACGACUUUCAAUGCAUACCCUUUCGAAAGUCGACUUUAUCAAAUAAAAAAUUUAUUACGAAAUGGAAAUUCCCCACUGGCUCAGGUUGCAAAAAGGAUGAGUGAAAUUAUACAAUGUGAAAAUGAAUCUAAAAAAUAUUGCACAUCUUUUCCUGUUUUAAAAAGCAAGAACGACUCAGGAUUUUUUUCAAAAAUAGAAUUGAAACAGUUCUCAUUAUCGGCAGACAAUCGUAAUAAAUGGUUUCUUACUCACAAUGAUGAUAUUGUAGCAAUGGAGUAUGCCAUAUUGAUAAAUAACACUCCUCUCAUUUGUGGACAUGCUGUAGGUGAUAAUUUACAAGAAGUUUUUGAAAUUCCAAUAAAAUCAUCAUUCUUAAAUAUUUUCAAAACUAAUAAUAAUAAUCAAAAGCCAUUAAAACUUUAUUCAACUACGGAUGUUAAGUGCAAAAUGGUAGCAACUAAAUAUAGAGAUGAAUUUUUUUUUAUUCCUUUAUUGCACACUUUACAUGAAAAUAAAUAAUUUUCAUCUUGUAAACUAAAAAUCAACAAAAUAUUCAAAUAAAAUAAGUUAAUAAUUUAUAA